AUGUCAAAGUAUGACGCGUUAUCAAAAAAGGGUAACUAUCCACUACCAGCAGCAACUCAAUCACCCGAUGAUCCAGAAGAUAUAGAUGAAUACACAGACGAACAAAUAGCAGUUGUUCAGGUCAAUGCUAAGGCACAAAAUUUACUCUAUAAUGCUAAAAGUGGAGAGGAGUAUGAGAAAAUCUCAAGUUGUGACACAACCAAAGAGACCUGGGAUAAACUGAAAGUUACUUAUGAAGGAACCAGCAAAGUGAAAGAAACUCACAUAAACAUGUUUAGCAAAAUCAUUGGCGAUCUAAAAGCCUUUGGUAAACCCUAUUCAGGUGGUGAUCAAGUUCGAAAAAUUCUAAGGAGUCUACCUACCACUUGGCAGACAAAAGUAGUCGCACUCGAAUCACAAGAUCUAAACAAACUUUCAUAUGAUGAACUUAGAGGAGAUCUUAUAACAUUCGAGAAAACUCAUCUCAAGAAGACAAGCCGGGAAGAAAAGAAGAAAACAAUUUGCUUCAAAUCUACAACUAAAGGACCUGAGAAUGAUGAUGAUCCAAAAGCUCUUGAAGAAGAAAUUGCUAUGGUAUCAAGAAACAUGAAUGGGUUAAUGAGAAGGUAUAGAAAUACAAGAAGGGGAAGAAUGCCAUCUAGGCGAACGAGGCAAUACAAUAAACAAGACAAGAAUGAUAGGAAGGGUUAUGAGUGUGGAAGCUAUGGGCAUGUUCAAGUUGAAUGCCCAGAUCUUAAAAGAAAAGUCUCCAGAGGAUUCAGCAAAAACAAAUCCUUCGGAAGUUGGAGUGAUGAAGAUAAUUCAGAACAUGAAGAAAUAGAAAAUCUAUGUUUCAUGACUAUCCUGGAAAAUGACAUGAACAAAUACUCUGCUGCUGGACUGAUGAAGAUACAUCAAACGAUGAAUGCAAGGAAAAUACUGAAAACUGUUUCAUGGCACGAGGUGAAACAAGCGAGAGAUGUACUUCAAGAUGAAGUUCAGGAAUUGCAAAUGCAACUUAAUGGCAUGCGCAAGUUCACCAGUCACAGUUCUGUCAAGUCUAACCAGGCGACUUACAAGUCAACUGGAAAAGGACUUAUUAGAACUGAGUCCACAGGUGAUGAAGACAUAAGUCAAGAAGUAUCACAGACAAAUACACCACAGAAGUCGACUGAUAUCCCACCUACAGUCACAGAAUCGACUAAUGAACUUUUAAUUAAUCUUGUUGAACCACAAAAGGAGUCAACUAAUUUUUGCAGUUGGAACUGGACUACAUGA